GGCGUGGCAUGUUUUCACUGUUUCAAAGUUAGCAAGCUUUUUGCUAAAGUUUCAGCAUCAUUUUUAAAAACAUGAACACAAGACUGGACAGCUAAACGUGUAAUUAAACUUGAGGUGAGUUCCAUACAUGCUUUAUGAGAUGAAACGAAAUGAAAUGAAAUGGACGGUCAUUUGUAGAUAUCUCUGAGGCUUACCUUCCAGCAUAAGCAGGUUCUCAAAACUUGAAUUUCUUCAACUCUUUCUUGUCCUUGUCGACGGCAACCGUGGUGCUCUGCGAGACAAGCAGCUCCUGAAACUAAGGAUUAACGCAAACGGUGAUGUUGUCGACGGUUAACUAGUUUUCUACAUGACCUCAUUUAGCCUAACUUUAACUUUAGCAUAACUAGCAGCUCUGUGGUCGACUGAACACUGCUGGUUUCGAUACGGUGAGGUUGACUCGGCACUAGACCCUCUCAUGUUGACUUCUGAGGUAAAAAUUUCGACUUUUGCUCACAAAAGAAAUGUGUUCAAUUGAUUUCUAUUUACUCCCCACCUGUGAGGCCAGCUGGAAUCGACCUCACUGAGAAAGUGGCCUGUCAACUAGCUGUGAGUCUUCUUCGUCUUGUUUAACGGCGGUUGGCAUCCAUCUUAUUAGUGCAUUAAGUUGUGAAUCUUCAGUUGCAAACGUAGAAACGUCUUUACAGCAGCUUUAACAACGUUCAACCACGACUUUUAACACUCCCAAUAGAGUCUGAAAACAGUCUAUUUUUCUCCAAAUGUACCAUUAAGAUGUCACUCAUCUCCUGUUGGUGAUAAGUUACAAAGAUAUCAGGUACAAACAGGGACAAAAAACAUCACAGAUUGGCAAAAAUGUCCAUCAAACAGACGAAAAUUUUAGGUCCAAAAAUGAUCGUCAAAUACUAGUAUGUUUGGAUUGGAAAAAUAGAGUAAAAAUAAUCAUUUUUGGCAUUAAAAAGCACUCAGGUGUGAGGAAGCAACCUACUUUUUGGGAUGAUAAAAGUUAGGUGUUGAAUUAAGUUUGAGGUCUGUGCCCCUGAUUCUACAAUAGGUAAAAAAAAAUACACAAACUGUGGAAAUCCUCCUCUUAUUUUUGACUGUAUAAGAUAUUAGUUAAGGACUGUUUUCCACCAAUCUGUUGUGUAUAUUCUCAAGGCUUUGAUGCACAAAAAUUGGCAUAGAUCAAAAUAAUCUAUUUUGACCUGUUAGUAAAAACUAGUAUUCAAAAAUUUAGUUUAAUAGAUGUUUGUGUGAGAAAUGAAGUACUGGCAGAAUACAUUUGUUGUUACUAAAGCUAUUUUCUGUAAUGGCUUGAAUAGGCAAAGACACAUGAUUGAAGUACAGUGAAGGUAAGGCUUAGCUGAAUGAUAUGGGUAAUCUAAAUCAGAAAAAAACAUGUUGCAGUGUCAGUGUUUCAGUAUUUUUACAGUCUGGUAUUGUAUUUUUACUAUAGUUAAAGAGCUAAAUACGUUUCACAGGUCUAUAGCUGUCUAAGCAAAGACGUGUUGUCAUUUAGCUGUGUCAUUCAGAUCAGACAUUGUGGUUGAUAUAUCACUAAGGGAAAAGUUAAUAUUUAAUUUGUUUUUCGUAGUACCAAAAUAAGUAAUUUGAAAAUUCAAUACAAGAAGCUCUCUCCAUAUAUGGUUGUGUGUUGUAGGUCUGUGAAGACAGCAUGUAAUUGUGUAUCUAUGUGAACCGCAGAGCACUGUGUCAGACGCUUCAUGUCCUCACUAUAGCUGGAGUCACCAUCAGCACAUUUCAGCUUGUGUAAACACAAUAAGAGCAGAGGUCGCUCUCAGGUCACACACACACUGUCAGUGGCUUUCAACACAGCUCUGUUAAAGUUUGAUUCUGACGGACACAAAAACAAAACAGCGGACACCAGGACUUAAGGGGAGGAUUUUUAUUUUUAUUUUUUACCCAAACAUAAAAAAAAGGAAAAGGGUGACUUUGUUUGCUCGGGUAUGUCAGGUCACCGUUAAAUUGUUGAGUACCUAGUUGUGUACAUUUGGUGAUAUGAAAGGCAGCUUCACUUUGGGCAGUGAUGUUGCAACUUCAGUCCUUCAUGGAGGCUUUGUCGUGUGCGAGUGAGCAGUUUUGUUUAUGAAAGAUCAAUCAUUUGUGGUAAGUCUUGAAGCUGUAAGUCCUUACAUGGAGAGUGUUUUUUUCAUUAUUUUAUUUCAAGUGUCUGUUUGACUGUUUGUGCCUGUAGUUAUUUUUUCUCAAAUGCAAAUCAACAUAUUCCGUUUCCAGAUGACACAGAGUUGGUAAAAAUGUGUGGAGUGAAGGGCUUUAAGCAGGCAGUGUAGAGACAGUUUGAAUGCAGAAGUUUUAGAUUUUCUGUUAAAACUACAUAUGUGCAAACAUUUAAGAACUAAAAAUUUUGAUUAUUUUUUGUAAUUAUGUCCUUUUCCUUUUUAUUAGGCUGUAAAUGUUCAAAGUUACCAAUAUGUGAUCCCUUAUCCCACACAGAGAAGAGGGUCACUGUGCAGAGAUGGCUAUGGUUUGCCUGACAGACUUUGAGGAGUAUGCAAAGGAGCAUCUCUCAAAGGCCACAUGGGAUUAUUAUGCAGCUGGAGCCGAUGAAUGCUGCACCAGAGACGACAAUCUGCUGGCUUACAAAAGGUACAGUGGGAAAAGAAAAUACUCAGAUAUUCAAGGUUUGUGCAUGUCUCAGAAGAGUUUCUGAAUAUUUUCCAUAAUUUUAACUAAACACCCUUCUCUGCUAAAAGGCCCUUUUUUUCUGUUGGUUUAGCACGCUGCAGUAAAUAAGUAACUGUUUUAAAAGUUGCAUUACCAUGAAGUCAAAAAAUACCUGGUUUAUCUUGAAGUCUCUUCAUGUGCUUCUUUCUGGUAAACUGCUCUUUCUGAGCGUGAUGGUUGUAGAUGUGCAUGUUUUGCCACACUACACAGUUUUUAUCGAUUUGUUUUGGUGCGUCUGAGGUCAGAUUAGGCAUUUAUUUCCAGCAAGAGUAAAUGUUUGGGUCUGUCUUGCAAAAAUAAUCUGCUGAAAAUGACAAUUUAACUGCUCAGGCAUCAGCAAUACCCAUGUUUUUUUUAUCUCAAGUGGAUUAAAAAUGUUGGAUCUUUGUACUGUAAUGAUAAAAAAGUCAGAGGUCUGUAAUAGGAGUAUUAUCAAUGCUGUCUCAAUGACAAAAUGUUCCUUUCUUCUCUAUGUUUUACUCUCAGGAUCCGUCUGAGGCCUCGCAUCCUGCGGGAUGUCUCUGUGAGUGACACGCGGACCACAGUGCAGGGCACAGAAAUCAGCUUCCCAGUCGGUAUCGCACCGACCGCCUUCCACUGCCUCGCCUGGCAUGAAGGAGAGGUGGCCACUGCUCGAGGUAAUGAAUGUUAAUCUGUCUGUGUUUGUGCGAAUUUUUAUGGACCGACUUUUGAUGUUACUGCAUUAAUAGAAUGAUGGAUAGAUGAUUAGACAGAAUAAACAAGAAACUAUCAAAUCAAACAUGAGUCAGCAGGUAAGAAGUUGCUGUUUCACCACCUGUUUCGAAACAAAUAACUGAAAGUAGACAGAAACAGCUCUCACCAAAAUAUACGACCCAGAUAAACAAGGAAAUACUGAUAUUCAGAGUAAACAAUCAAGUGCAGCUAGGAUACUCUGUACCUGGAAAUUUUCAAUCAUUCCUCAUUUUAGAAAAUGAAAUUAUCCUCCCUGUAAAUUCUUUUGAGGAAGUUUCUUAGAAAUCCCAUGAGGUGGUUUAAAUUUUUUACCCUUCAAAAAAGUUUCUGUUUUUGUUUGUUUUGAUGUGAUUAUUGGAUUUGGAUAAUGUGGAUGUUGUUUUAGUUUUUAAAGCAGAUUUAAACAGUCUUGUGCUCCUGUACUGAAAGAUUAAUAUAAAAGUUUGCGCAUACAGAACCAAUAAAGUUUCAAGAAGUCUUUAUUGCAGAAUUAUUGUAAUCCAAGUACAUGUGAAAUUUGUAUUUGGCAGUUAAGUUUUUAUUUAAUAACAAUAAAAGUAUAUACUAUAUUUCCAACACUAGAUGGUAGCAGACUUGUAUAAUAAACUUGUCCUUCAUGGCAGACAUGGUUUUGUCUUUUCUCUCUUACCUGAACGAUUGUCCAGUUAGUGUCUGUCUUUAAAAGGGUAAAUAUUGAUCAAUAAAAAUAGACAUAAUAAGAGACAUUUGAAAUGUUGAAAACCACUUUUAAAAAAAACAUAGUCAAUGCUAUAAUAUUUAGCUUUUGCUGACACUCUACAUCUGAAUUGAAGUUCAGUAACCACAACAUUAACUUCUCAAUCCUCACCUCACAGCCACAGAGGCUCUGAACACCUGCUACAUCACCAGCACUUACUCCACCUGCUCAGUGGAGGAGAUUGUCGCAGCAGCACCAAACGGUUACCGCUGGUUCCAGCUGUACGUGUACCGUGACAGGAAGCUGUCUGAGCAGAUCGUGCACCGUGUCGAGGGGCUGGGGUACAAAGCGCUGGUCCUCACCGUGGACGUCCCCUACACAGGAAAGAGACGCAAUGACAUCCGCAACCAGUUCAAGCUGCCGCCACACCUCAAGGUCAAGAACUUUGAUGGAUUGUUCCAGGUAAUAGUUCUGCUUAAUUGUGGUAUCUUUUGCUGUUGUUUGCCUGCCAUGACGUGAAGUACAUUUAAUAGUUAUGAAGUUUAAGUUUGAUAGAAAUAACUUGUGUGACAAUCAAAUUUGAAUUUCCUGUAUAAACAUCAAGUUGCCUGAUAAAAGCAGUUUAUGUACAGCCAUUAGAGGUGCAAACAGCAGCUGCAGUCCUGAGUACAUGUGUUUUUUAGGUCCAUGCUUACAGUAGCCAUGUUUUCCACCACAUUCAAGCAGGAAACAGCCGGCCCCGAGGAGUACGGGAUCCCGGCCAACACCUUGGACCCCUCUAUCAGCUGGAAGGAUGUGUACUGGCUGCAGUCUAUCACCCGCCUGCCCAUUAUCAUCAAGGGGAUCCUGACCAAGGAGGACGCUGAGCUGGCAGUGGAGCACGGCGUCCAGGGCAUUAUUGUGUCUAACCACGGGGGGAGACAGCUAGAUGGAGGCCCAGCCUCGGUAAUCACUGGUGUUAAUGUUUCUAAUGUGGCGUUUAUAGUUUGCAAUACAAGUCAUAACCUCACGUGACAUCGGGUGCUUGAUCAACAUCAAAGUCAAACUGGUUGAGAGUUUAGCAGUGUUAUGAAUGCUGAUUAUGUACUGGUCAACAAGUUAGCGGUGAAGGGUGCCCUCCCAGAGUGCACCACAGUGCUGCUUAGGGUGCUGGGUUGAGGACAUUAAGAGCCAGAGUCAGGGUCAUAUUUAAAAGAAGAAUAUAAGAUAUUUUCAUUUCAUUUGAAACAGCCAGCGUCUAAUUUAUUAUACUCCUGCAAUACCAAAUCGCGCCACAAGGUGGUGGCAACUUUCUGUAUGUUAUCUAGACAAGUUCUUACGCUGGGAGACUCCAUGUUCUACAGCAUGUUUCAACUGAGAGGAGCUCUCAUAAGUUAGUGCAGGUUGUGCCUGACUUCUGUUGCUCACGUAUGAUGAGUAAAUUUAUAGCUGUGGAGAGCUGGCAUAGUAUGAUCAGUGUUGAGUACUGUAGAAUAAAACUGCCUUGUGGAAACUCCUAUCAUGUUGUCUAUUGGCUCUGACGUUUGACCGCUAUCCUGGUGCUACUGCUAAGUUGUUAAUGACUGCUAGAUCUCUCCACCUCCACCAGCUACACUUGAAAUUAAAUUUUAAAUCCACCAGGAUGUUCACAUAUUUAUUAAGUAAUGCUUGGAGUCAUACUGUAGAUACCACAGUUCAGUAACGACUAAUAUUUUGUCUUCUCCGGGCGUUUGCUCUGUGUUUACUUGAAUUAUGACCUUGUUUCUCCUCUACUGCUGACAGAUUGACGCUCUGUCAGAGAUCGUGGACACAGUGCAAGGCAGGAUCGAGGUCUAUCUGGAUGGAGGAAUCAGGACUGGAAGUGAUGUGCUGAAGUCGCUGGCCUUGGGAGCAAAGUGUGUUUUCAUUGGCCGUCCGGCUGUGUGGGGCCUUGCAUACAAGGUAGAAACAACAAAGCUGAUCCCUUACUUUGUGUGUGUUUGACGAUAAAUUGAAAAAGCCUCAGGAGACUAAGCUACUGACCUUGAGGACCUUUGUUCAUCUCAAAAUCAUCUAUGUCAUUGGAGACCUGGCUUUGGUGUUGGGGUUACAUGGUUUACAAUAAGAGGAAAGUUGGUGUCAUAGAGAUGAUGUGAGCCAGGGCUUAAAUCAGUCUAUAUAAUCAGGAUUCACUGAACAAAAACCCUACUGUUUUUUAUAAGAGAGGAUUAGGGCCAUAAGAAGAGAAAAAAAAUCAUUACAGAAGGAAGAUUUUGGAAAUUAUCAUUUUGAGAUUAAAGUCAAAAUUCAAAAAAGUUAAAAUUUUGACUUAAUUCACGUUGACUUCAAUCUCAAAAUUUCGACUUAAAUCUCAAAAUUUCAACUUUCAAAAUUUAAAUUUUUUUAAUCGGGAAAUUUCAACAUUAUUUACGAUAUUUUGACCUUUUGUAAUCUUGAAAUUUCAACUUUAGUGUUGAGAUUUCAAUUUUUAGUCUCUAAAUUUUGACUUUAUUGACAUAAUUCCUGUUUUUUAAUCCUGAAAUUUGACGUUAAUCUAAAAAUUUUGACUUUUAUCCCCCCAGCGUAAUCAUUAUUUCUUUUUUCUCUUCAUGUGGCCUUAAUCCUCUUUCAUGGUUUUGGAUGUACAGUGACAGUUUGAGAAAGUCCAUUUAUGUUCCUUUGGUAGGAAACAGGUAAAUAACUGACAAAUUAUGUUUCUUGUAGGAAUCCAGUUUAUCAAAAGAGGUCUUUUCUGGGUUUUCUAGAGAAAUUGAAAGUUUAUGGAUGCUUUUAGGUCUUUUUUGGUAUUUAUGAGUCCUCUGUGGUGUUUCAGGGUGAGGAGGGAGUGAGGGAAGUACUUCAAAUCCUCAACGAUGAGUUCCGCCUGUCCAUGGCUCUAUCAGGUGAGAGAGUCACUAAAACCAAAAGUGUUUGAGUGAGUACAGAUGUAUUCUUUCUACUCUGAGACUAUUAAGUUUGAUAUUUGUGUGAUCCAGGUUGCAGGAACGUGGCAGAAAUCAACAGGAACCUCAUUCAGUUCUCUAAACUCUAACAGACCAGCAGAGGGCAGCACUGAGGACAGUUACAUCACAGCACCUACUGAAAAGGACUCACUACUGAACAGAGACAACAUGAGUUUAGCACGAGCCUCAGACUCCCCAUCAUCACAGAGAAACUGAAAGACCUCAAAACUCAUGACUUUAUCAUGUCAGGAAACAUAAGAGCAGCUUUUGAUUCCAAGAAAAUUCCGGUCAGAAAAUCUGAGGGCCAGCAGCAGUCGAAUCAAGUGACUACUGAAAGAGUUAUUGAUUUUGGGUUUAGAGGGGAUGGAGGAACUUUCUAAGGGUCUAGUAUUUUGGUCUAAUGUUACAUAAUGAUCACAUAAUGCUGCCAUAGUUGUGGUUGAAUAAACGCAGGAUGAUGUAAAAAUCUGUUGCGCACUUUUUGGAA